UAAGUCGCCACUGCCAUGUGCCCCCAGCAGGCAGGAGGAGAUGGCACUGUCCACUGAGACCUGAAGUCCUUUACGAAGGUCCCCCUUCUGCUUCUAGGAAGGGGCUGUGGACCUGCUGCGGGAGCUGAAGGCCGUGCCUGUCACACUGCAUUUGCUCCAGUCCACCCGAGUUGGGAUGUCUGUCAACGCCCUUCGGAAGCAGAGCUCUGACGAGGAGGUCAUUGCCUUGGCCAAGUCCCUCAUCAAGUCCUGGAAGAAGCUCCUGGCCCAUCCCUCCUCUUUUCUGGCAACUGCAGAUGCUUCCCACGACAAAGCCAGGGAGCAGGGCCGGGGCAUGCCUCUGGCUCCGUCAUCAUCGAAGGCGGUAUCAGAGGCCGAGGAUCCCAGCCGCAGGAGACCAGAGCCACCCAGGAUCACCACGUUCCCCCCAGUUCCUGUCACCUGCGAUGCUGUGCGCAACAAGUGCCGUGAGAUGCUGACGGCCGCCUUGCAGACAGACCAUGACCACGUGGCCAUUGGUGCGGACUGCCAGCAUCUGUCGGCCCAGAUUGAGGAAUGCAUCUUCCGGGAUGUUGGGAACACAGACAUGAAGUAUAAGAACCGGGUGAGGAGCCGCAUCUCCAACCUGAAGGAUGCCAAGAAUCCCGACUUGCGGCGGAACGUGCUGUGUGGCACCAUAGCGCCCCAGCAGAUCGCUGUGAUGACGUCGGAGGAGAUGGCCAGCGAUGAGCUGAAGGAAAUCCGCAAGGCCAUGACCAAGGAAGCCAUCCGCGAGCACCAGAUGGCCCGCACUGGCGGCACGCAGACCGACCUAUUCACCUGCAGCAAGUGCCGGAAGAACUGCACCUACAUGCAGGUGCAGACCCGCAGCUCAGACGAGCCCAUGACCACCUUUGUUGUCUGCAAUGAGUGUGGAAACCGCUGGAAGCUCUGCUGAGCCCAUGCAGAUAGGCUGCAGCCUUGGACCAUGGCCAGUGCUGGCCCCUCCCACCUCCUCGGUUGGCACAGCUUCUCUGGAGACCCCUGGAUGGUGGCAUGCCCUGCCUGAACCUGCCUGCCUGGAGUGCCCCUUUCUGCCCUUCCCCUCACUAUUAAAUGUUUCUUUUUGCCA